AUGGUCGUACAAGAUGCUCUUCGACUAAGCCAAGCGGAAACGGAACGCAUGCUAGCAAGAAGCUACCAUACAUGGCUGUCUUGUACUGCAAAGACGAACCCUCAAGAUGGGCUCCAACCGGACUGCGUCUUACUUCGAAACGUCCUUGGCAGAGUUCCAGCAUUCCUAGCGAAUGGCUUCUCUAAAGACUGCGGAUCCCCUCGAUUCAAGCUUAGACACUCUGAAUCAACCAGCAAUGAUUCCGCGCUAUACUUCAACGGAUGCUCAACAUGGUGUAUAUCUGAAGGUGGCUGCUCUCUUAAAGAGAAGAUCAUGCACCACCAGCUACUUCUUGGCCUCCAAAGUUCAACGCGGUGUUGUUUUGCGGAUGAAUCCCCCUUCUCCGAUUGGCCGGGGGUUCAAGGCGAACAAGAGAGUCCUGAGGGAGGCAACUGCCUCGCUAUUAUAUCAUUUGCUUGCGCAUACAUUUUAUCAGCGCUCUGGGUGGAAAUGCAACAGUCUAAGGGCACCGGACCCGCGCCGGCCAAGAAAUGUGACCAGAUAUACUAUUUGUGUUCCCAAGCUAAAUGGGUGCGCGACGGCGAUGAAGACUUACCUGAUGACCUUGCGGUUGAUCUCGGUGAUAUAGAUGAUGAUGCUGCGCGAUGGUGGACUGCACCUUUAGCCAACGGUGAAGGCUGGCGGGCGACAAUUACUCGAGAUAGCAAAGUCUAUCGCUCGCCGUGGUCUAUUUCCAUUGCUGCUACCCGGAGAUUUAAGCUUCGAAGGACAGCACAAUAUCAAAAAUCGUACUCUGAGACAGCCAUGCCGCCCUCAUCCGAGCAGGCCCUACCGUUUCUCUCCGACUUCUGUGUCCUUCAUAACACUCGCAGUCAAUCUUCCGCAGCUUUAGCUGUAACUUUGACUUUUCCAUUUCUCAGCAACAUGAAUGCGACGCUAUCGUUGCCGAAACUUAACUCCUAUCCUAUUGCAAGCAAGACAAUGUCUCUAGCAUUACCGCCGACUCCUAUCUACCCAAGCAUGCCGCCAUUCUCACCGACAAGACUGGAGACAGAGAUUGUUUUUGAAGAAGAGUUUGCAAGAAUAUCCAUCAAUUCAGAUGAUGUCGUUUCAGAGGUGCGGAAGGACAGGGAACUGAAGUCUGAAUUAUUGUCAGAGUUAGCAACUCGAAGUAUCUUUGAAUGGCUGCGAGUGACGGGCUAUCCACGAUGUGAGCAGGAUAUUUACCGGCACUCAUGGAUUGACCUUGACCUAGAAGAAUUGGAUGAAGAAGAAUUGGACGAUGGUAUUAGUGCUGGCAGAAAUGGCUUCCAAGAUGCUACCGAUAUACACCGCUGGAUGGAUAGUGCACUUAGCCAACAAAAAAUUAUUCUCCAAACGAGCAAGCGGACUUGCGAUCAUAAACCUCCAGUUUACGGAACUAAGUGGUCGUCAAGAUACCGCAAGAUUCUAAUGAUGCACAAAGCCCUUUUCUCUGAAUACGUCGGCAUUAAAGUGUCCGAUCUAGAUCAUUCAUGA